AUGUCUUCACGGUAUUCUGGAGGUGGAAGUAGUAUCGAACAAUAUGUACAGCAACUUCCAUUGUUAUCACUGGUAGUACUACCAUUGAUCAGCGCCAUAUUUGGAUUGAAAUAUGUGAAUUUGAAGAGUGUGAUCCAUUUUCAGCAGGGAACUCUUGGCUCAUCACCAUGGAGAGCUGCAACCACAAUGACAUUCCUCUCAAUUCCAAUAUUCUUUGUCUGGUGUCUCUGCGUACCAACACCAUCUGCCAUAUUCUUCCAAGUUGGAGCAUCGUUGGCUCUUCUUCUGACAGCUCUAACUUCUUCUCCAAUUCUUCAUUAUCUACCAUCUCCGUCGUUAAGUAUGUAUUAUCAGCUGCGAUAUCUCUCGAAGCCACUCCGUUCUAUCAUCACCAUGACUCAAUAUGUUCUCUUAUCCGCUAUCUCGAUUAUUCUCUUGUAUCUCAGCGCCACAUUUCUCUCAACUAUAACUAAUCUUUCGAUUUAUUUGGUCCUUCCUUUAAUUGCCUAUUUCUCUCUAUUUGCUGUGAUAUUCAGUGGACAUUCGAGUAUGAUGAAUGCAAGUUUCUUUUUGUAUAUUGUGGUGUCAAUAUUGGGAAUAGGAAUAUUCUUGUACUAUGCUGUUCAAGACAUUCAGUCAUUUGGAACUUUGGUCCCAGUGGAGAAUUUCAGAGUUUCUGAUAUUCUAUCUAGUUUGAUGGUUGGCUUUACAGUCACCUUCUACCUUUUGAAUUCCAGCUUCCAGUAUCAGAUCUAUUCUCCCAUGCCAACCAUGCACAAACUUCGACUCACUCUAACUUUUUAUGGAGUAUUCCAGUUAUUUGUGUCAAUUUUUAUAUUUCUCUGUGCCACAAUCUUCCUCAACUUUCUUCGAGAACACUGCAAAUUCGCAAUGUCUUUUGGAUCAUUCUUCCAAUUUUCGAAAGCAAUUCUGGGAAAUCGAAUUCAAGUUUUCACCGUCUGUGCCUCUUGUCUUUGUAUUCUCUCUUUCUGUCUACAAUGGACGAUAAUGUCACUGGUGACACUCACAUGGGAAGAGUUUUGGGCGAAGAAAUUAAGAGCCUGGAAUCCAAUUCAACAAUUGUGCUCUUUGCAAUUUGGAAUGCUGAUUUUGACCACGAUUGUAGUAGUUUUAACGGUGGCCACUAAUUUGGCACGGAUUCCUAUUGGAAUGCAGCUCCCGACAAUUAUCUAUGUGCUUUUCUCUCUAUUCUCCAUCAUCUCCGGAGUGACGAUAUGUGGCUAUUAUCUCCCAUUCUGCUCUUCAACUGGUGCUAUAUCCAGUUUUAUGCUUACCAUGAUAAUAACUGCGGGCAACUUGGCACUUUAUUUGGUGAAUAAUACUCCCCAAAAGUUUCAAAAUUCUUGUAUUUUGGAAGAUGCAGUGGGAAACGGAACUUCUGUUUCGAGAGCUAUAAGCAUGGAUCGAGUGGUAUAUUUCGUGUCACAUCUCCCACCGCAAUCUCAACCAAUUAUAAGUUUGAUGCUCUUCGUUAUCAUCUGCUCAAUAAUCUCAUUCCUCACUGGUGGUCAAGAUCAAAUGGGUCUCGACUGGAAUUUGAUUGCAUUCACAUGGGCAACAUCAGUCAGGAGUCCUUCCAGUUUCUCUAAACGACAAUUCGUCGUGGCAGCUGAUACAGAAGAUUUUCGAUAUGCUCAACAACAGAAUAAUCCAACACCCAGUCCAGAUGUGAAUGCAUAUCGAUGA